AGGGGGAGUGGACGCUAAUCUCGGCAACGUCCUUUAUGAGACCACUUGACACAUCCCUUUGUUUGUCUGAAUGUUUUAUUCAGGAAGAGAUUUGGUGGACGUGAUGGAAUGGUAAAUAAUACCUUCGUGUUGGCAUUUUUGGCGUGCCCUUGUGCUGUAAUCCGGAAGUGAAGAUCGUGUGCUGUGUAAUAUUGGUUUUAAACGGCUUCUGCUUACCGUCUGGAUAGUGUGCGCCUGCUUUGGAAACCUCUAGGGCCGUGGAAACCCAGUCUGAUCACAGCGCCAGGAACUAAUGCCAUGCAGCUUUAAUAAGCGAGAGGCGACGGGGGGCACAAUCAGUCUGCAGUCUGACAGUUUUCCUGUCAACAGAUUCUAAAAAAAAGACCCCCCCCCUAGAAAAAAACCCAGAAAAAACGAAAGGAAUUUUCGCACUUUUCCCAACAGAUACGACACGGAAAAUUCACACUCACAAAAUAAAGAAAAUCAAGGUAAUAUAAGUUAAUUAAAGGCUCGUCCGAUUGUGUUGACCGACCGACCAAAACUCCAUCUCCCUCGUCCGUGCGUAUCGACGUCGACGGGAGAGCGAAGGCCUCCUGAAUCGCCGUAACAAGGAAUGCAGAGGAGGCAGGAUGUGGAGUCGGCCGGGGCUCUUCCUCCUCCUCCUCCUCCUGGCAGCUACAGCGCCGCCUGGGGGUGGCAGCCUCACGCACUCUGUCUCGCGGCGCUGUAACGACACGAUCUCCAGCGUGUACGAGGGCGAGGGCGUCGUCACUUCCCCAGGCUUCCCUUCACGCUACGACCCCCACACCAGCUGCUCCUUCACCUUCGUCGGCGCCUCUCACCAGAGGGUCAGGAUCCUCUUCACCGAGUUUAACCUGAAGGAACCGCCUGAGCACCUGCGGCCGCACGAGAGAUGUCUUCACACGGACUGGGUGGCCGUCUACAACGUGCUCAACGGGAGUCGCAAACAGGAGAUUGAUCACUUUUGCGGCACGUCGGUCCCCAACUCCGUCAUGUCUGCCUCGUCUGGUCUCCAGCUGGUUUUUAAAUCAGGGUCAAGGAGACCGGUGGAGCAGGACCUGCCGAUUUCUCGCACGGGGUUCUCAGCCAGGUUCAAAUUCGUUUCGGAUCUCGGCCUCGAGAGCGGAAGGCAGUUGGCAGAUGGAAAGUGCCACUUCGUCUUCAACAGCAGUGAGGCCCGGAAUGGCACGAUCUAUUCUCCCAAUCCCGAGGGCUUCUACCCACUGGACACCACCUGCGUCUAUAUCUUCUAUGGACUGCCGGGCGAGAUCGUCAGGAUAAUUUUCAAGUACUUCGAUGUGGAAGGGGUUUUGCCGUGCAAUUCCGACUCGGACAGCGACUACCUCGAAUUCUCCAACUUCCCAAGCGCUGACCGCAAGAUCCCGACCUUCUGCGGAUACAUGACCCCGAACGUCAUCCACAGCGAUUCCUCCUAUUUUAGAAUGACGUUUAGAAGCAACAGCAAAUUCGGCGGAACUGGCUUUGCUGCCGAUUAUCAGUUUCUGGAUAAUUCGAGGCAUCCCUUUGCUAUUAAGAGGGUCAUUGGGGCGGCUUUCGUAAAUGGAGCUCAUCAAAGUCAAGCAAAAUUAAUCUUGGUAGUAAGUGUCACUUCAUUGUUGAUCAUCAAGAGUCUGCAGUCAGAUGUUCCAGUAUAAAAGGACUUGUCUAAAUCUGUGGCUGUUGCAUAUACUGUAUUGCCUUAACAUGCAACACAAUGAUUUAAUUUUACUUCAUAUGCAGAAAUAAAAGAUAUAUUAAUUA